ACCGUGAAGUGUGCACCUCUCCAUAGGUUUAAAUGCGGAAGUUUUACUCCUGCGUGGGGAAGCCACAGUUACCAGAAAUUAGAACGGCACACAGCAGGGAAAGAGAAAGGACGAUCAAGUGUGAAUCGCGACUCUGUGCGUGGUACCCCGGUUUCGGUAAAUUGAUGAACAACGGCGGCGCACUGAUUGCCGAAAGCCGCAACGUUCGUCGCAAUAUGGCGGUAUGAUUGAUAAGAUAAACCGCGAUCCAGAAUACCGCGAUACCAAUCGGUGAUUGCGCGGGUGUCUCCCACAUCUUCUUCACCUUUACCGCCCAACGUGACGGCAGUGCAAGAGGUGUGAAAUGGGCGCCGAGUACCUAGGUGGGUGGUGAUAUCUGCACCACCUGAAGCCAGUUGAUAUGGUUCGUUGCAGUCCACGGUCAGUAGUUACUGCAGCGCCGUUGAGUCCGGUUCGCUCGGCUUAUCCGUCAGUCAACGUACGCCAUCUUUCCAGCGAGUCCUCACCACCUCAACGAUCAAACCCUGUUCCAGAUGGAAGCUACCAGCACUCCAACAGAAUCCUGUCCGGGGGAUAUGUCAGAACCGGAGCUGGCUGUUGUCCGCAUGCGGUCUCUGGAUGAGUCACAAUCGCCGAGCAUUCGGUCGGAUGGAUCCGGAUAUCGAAAGUCAUCGCUGUACGUGUACGGCGAUGGUCAGUUUAGCAUUACGCUCAAACACUACGACAGUAUUGUGAGCGAAGUCAAGUGUCCUGGGUGUGCAGAGCCGAUGGAUGGACCUAUUACAAUGUGUGGCACCGGCCACAGUAUCUGCGCCGUCUGCCGUGCUAAGCGAGGUACCUGUCCACUGUGCGGAGAUCGAGUGACUGAGCUGCGCAACUACACACUGGAGGCUAUCGUUUCGAAAGUACAGUUCCCGUGCAAAAACUCCGCCAAGGGCUGUGCGGUACGUCUACCGUUGCAGCUAUUGCGCUGGCAUAAAGAACGGUGCGGUUACAAGCUUAUCGAGUGUUUUAUGGGCAAGGUGUGGGGUGCGUGCGGAUGGCACGGUUGCGAGCGAGACUGGAUGGCCCACUGUCUGGAGGCACACGCCGAUCACGUCUAUCAGGACCCAACGGUGGAACUUCGCUGGGAGUUUGGUGCGGAAGCUAGCCAGCGGGCCUCCGAGUUGCAGCUGGUGGUGGCUUACCACGUACUCUGUGCGUACGGUGAAGCGUUCAACCUGUACCAGGUGUACGAUCAGGACAGCCGGACCGUACUGUGGACGGUUAUCUGUACUACCAAGGAGUCGAAGGUAAGCUCUCGGUUCGCGUUCGAGCUGGAGCUGUACUCACCGAUCGACAGUUGGAAACUUUUGGUGCAACGGUUCCCGUGCCAUUCGGAACUUGAUCCGGAUUUUCUGAAGGAUGGCCACUGCUCCAAGAUUCCGCUCGCUGAUGCGAUGCGCUUCAUGACGGAAGACAAGGUUCUGCACUACCGAGUACGGGUGCUUGAGGUUGGCCCUUCACGUAGCCAAAGUUUGAUGAAGUUAAGCAAUGGUACGGGAAGUAUCGCGUCCACAUCACACCUACCAACCAACUACUGCUGCAAGAACAUCGAAAACGUUAACCUCAAGGCGGUCCCGGAAGGGAACAUCAUCUGCCGAAAGCAGCCAUCGAUCAACACGGAGCCGUUAACUGCCCAGGAUGAUGAUGACGUUUUUCUACCCUACGUUGACGCUGAUGAAGAAAGCACCAACACUCUGGGUAAAUCAGUACGACCACCAUAUGAACAGAGUUCACCAAACCGUUCGUCCAAUCUGAGGAUGGCAGCAUCCGUUCCGAUGUUGGCCCAAAUGGGUCAUCUGAAUGAUACCGAACCGCCGUCACAGGUAGAGUUGCAACCGAUUCAACAACUGGUGCGAGUAAAGGUUGCCGAACGGGAGCACCCUGUCAAGAUGCAGGCACAGUACGCGGUUCGGAAACAGUCGACCAAAACAAACGGUAACAUGGAGCGAGGUUCCUCCAGCGAGAGCCUUGCCACGAAGUCGUCCAAAGGCACAGGAUUGUCCAAGUUUUACAACGUCACCAUGUACAAGGCAGCGAAAUUUCUUGACAAGAAAGGCAUCAAGUAAAAUGGUUGCUGAGAUUAGUGUAAUAUCUGCUAUUUCCUGCGCAUUGGUCCAGGUAGAGUAGCGGUAGGAUUAUCCCUCAGCGAAGCGGUAGCAAAAACGAGGCAGUUCAUUAAGGUAAGAGAUCGGAUCGGAGGCGCUCACUUGUUUGGUACAAUCGUGACAGGUAUAGUUAUUUGUUUUCUAAUAUAAUCCUACUCCCAUUAGACUUAAAAACUGAGUACUGAAGUUCGUUCCACGUGUUUGUCGAAUAAACAAGCAGUUUUAUUUGCGAUUCGUUAGCACAAAA